AUGAAUCCAUCUAACGGUCCUUCCUCUUAUCCCUCUGUGAAUCCUUAUCCACCUCCAGGUCAAGGUGGUCCACCACCUACCUCGGGUGCGGGAGCAAGUAAUGGACCUCCUACAGGACCCGGAUCAGGCUUCCCUCAAAGAUCAGGCCUGGCAGGAAUACAACCUAACUCAUACGCUUCUGCUCCCAUCCCAAAUUUGACUCCUGGAAGCGGUAUAAGAGGUGGAUUACCAGAAGAGAAAAACGUUGCUCAAAUAGUCAAGGAAAACACAAAUGUGUAUGCUAGGAAAUUACAAGCUUUACUAGAUAGAUCAACUCCACAUGUAAUGGAGAGGUGGUUAGUCACUUUUGGACUGUUCAUACUUUUCUCAUUGAACGUUAUUUUCAGACAAGGCUGGUAUAUCGUAUGUUACGCCUUGGCGAUUUACCUCUUAAAUCUAUUCUUGGCCUUUUUGCAACCUCGGUUCGACCCUUCUAUAGCUGAAGAUCUCGCUGCCGAUGACGUAGAAGAAGGAGCACCUGGAUUACCUGGUGGAAACGAGAACAAACCUACCACUCCAGGUGGAAUCAAAGGUUUGAUGAGUGGAUUUAGCAGUGGUGGUGAAGAUGAGGAAUUUAGACCUUUCAUCAGAAGAUUACCUGAAUUCAAAUUCUGGUAUUCUGCUACUAAAGCUACAGGUCUCGCAUUAGUCAGUACCAUUACCAGAGCAACGGACGUUCCUGUUUAUUGGCCUAUCUUGGUUAUAUACUUUUUAACUUUGUUCGGAUUAACAAUGCGAAGACAAAUCCAACAUAUGAUCAAAUAUAAAUACGUGCCAUUUGAUCUUGGUAAAAAGACUAGAUACGGUAAAAAGUAG